AUGGCGCCCAAAUCGAAGUUCGAGCUGAAGACCCCCAAGGGCACCAAGGAUUGGUUCGGCAAGGACAUGCUCAUCCGCGAAAAGAUCUUCUCGCAGCUGAAGGGUGUCUUCCAGAAGCACGGUGGCAUGGAACUUGACACCCCCGUUUUCGAGCUGAAGGAGAUCCUGUCCGGCAAAUAUGGCGAAGACUCGAAGCUCAUCUACGACCUUGCCGACCAGGGUGGCGAGCUCACCUCCCUGAGAUACGAUUUGACCGUCCCUUUCGCAAGAUGGCUCGCCAUGAACAAGGACAUCCAGAGCGUCAAGCGCUACCACAUCUCAAAGGUCUACCGCCGCGACCAGCCUGCCAUGAACAAGGGCCGCAUGCGCGAGUUCUACCAGUGCGAUUUCGACAUUGCCGGCACCUACGACUCUAUGCUCCCCGACGCCGAGAUCAUCCGGAUCGUCGUUGAGGUCUUCGAGGGCCUCGGCUGGAACGGAAACUACACCAUCAAGCUCAACCACCGUAAGAUUCUCGACGGUAUCUUCGAGGUCUGCGGUGUGCCCGAAGACAAGAUCCGGACGAUAUCCUCUGCUGUUGACAAGCUCGACAAGCUCCCUUGGGCGGACGUGCGAAAGGAGAUGACCGAGGAGAAGGGUCUGGACGGAGAGGUUGCUGACAGGAUCGGCGAGUGGGUCGUCCAGAAGGGCAAGCAGGACCUCCUCCGGAAACUGCAGCGGGAUGACAAGCUCUCAGCCAACGCCUCGAUGAAGGCCGGUAUGGCCGAUCUCGAGCUCCUCUUCAACUACCUUGAGGCCUUUGGCGCCCUUGACAGGGUGUCGUUUGAUCUCUCCCUUGCCCGUGGUCUAGACUACUACACCGGUGUCAUCUAUGAGGUCGUCACGGAAGGAUCAGCACCUGCUGCUACCCCUGAUGCGGAUGACAAGACAGUCAAAUCUAAGAAGAAGAGCAAGAGCAAGGACAAGGAUGAUGAGGACCGCUCCGACGACCCCAGUGUUGGCGUUGGUAGUGUCGCCGCUGGUGGACGCUAUGACAACCUUGUUGGCAUGUUCUCUGGAAAGACCCAGAUUCCGUGCGUUGGUGUUUCUUUCGGUAUCGAAAGAAUCUUCAGCAUCACCAAGGCCCGGAUGCAGGCCGAGAGCGAAACUCCGCAAAGCACGGUCGACGUCUUUGUCAUGUCCUUGGGAUCCAAGGCCGGCCUGAUCAAGGAAAGACUCGAGGUCUGCUCUAAGCUAUGGGACGCAGGCAUCAAGGCCGAGUUCCUGUACAAAGUCAAGCCCAAGCUGCCGCCGCAGUUCAAGGCGGCCGAGUCCAACGCGACGCCGUUCGCCAUCAUCCUCGGCGAUGACGAGGUGCAGAAGGGCGUCGUCCGGAUCAAGGAGCUGGGUCUCCCUGAGGGCCACCCCCAGAAGGACGGCGAGCUCGUCGACAUGGCGUCGCUCGUCCCCGAGGUACAGAAGCGUCUGUCACGAAAGCGUGAGCUCGACGGCCUUGCCAGACAGGCCGAGGGCCUAAGGGUUGUCGGAGGUAUGCGGGGCGAGGACAUCAAGCCCGCGUCUGCAUCGGACAAGGUGGCAGAGAGCGCCGCCGAGACACCGGCUGCCGAUGUGCCAUAG